ACACGUAAAGUGGAUUACAGUUUCUGAGCAGAUGCACAGACAGAUGAUUGGCUAACGCACUCUGAGUCCUGCUGCUUGCAAACAUACUGGUCGACAUACUGGCCAUGCCUGGAUGCUUGGUGGACGCAGUACUUUCUCUUGUUAUGGUUUCUACUGGAUUUUUUACUUUAUUUUGAAAAACAGACAUGGGAAACUGCAGUGGGACACAUUUGGAUGAACUACAAGCUUGUCAGAGUCAUCAGUGGUACAGAAAAUUCAUGACCGAGUGCCCAUCUGGACUUCUCACCUUUUACGAAUUCAAGCAGUUCUUUGGCCUGAGGAAUCUGUCGGAGUCAUCAAAUGCCUACAUCAAGACAAUGUUUUCAACGUUUGAUUUGAAUAACGAUGGCUUCAUGGAUUUCAUGGAGUAUGUAGCUGCUCUGAGCCUAGUGCUAAAAGGAGGAGUGCAGCAGAAGCUCCGCUGGUACUUUAAACUCUAUGAUAUAGACGGGAGUGGCUGCAUUGACCGUGAGGAGCUUCUUCUGAUAAUUAAGUCCAUCCGUGCAAUCAAUGGGAUGAGUUAUGACGUGUCAGCAGAGGACUUUGCAAACAUGGUGUUUGACAAGAUUGAUACCAAUGGAGAUGGUGAGCUGUCCUAUGAGGAGUUCAUGGAGGGCAUUCAGAAUGAUGAAAUGCUGCUAAAGACACUAACGGAGUGUUUGGACCUCACACACAUUCUCACAAAAAUUGAAGGCGAGAUGUUGGCCAACACCUAGCUCACACAUUUCCAGCUCUAUGGACCCUGAAGAAAUAUGUAUAUACUUUUUUAUAUAACUGUGCCACAGCAGAGUGAGUGAAGACGUACAGCCCACGAUCAUUAUCUGGACAAAUGUAUGUGGAUCAGACUCUGGGGUCGAAAUACUGCAUGGCUGUGUUGUUUCUGUUUUUCCUCACAUAUUCAUUGGUCAGCAAAGACUUUACAUCUAUAUUAAGAUUGUAUUUAAUGAAAGGACACACGGUUUAAAGAAUGCUACCUCAUGGCUUCAUGCUUUCAACAUUUAAAACACAAAUGUAUAAGCUACAUCUGUAAGACAUUAACUUACAGUAAACACUGCAUGGUUUAUUCAGUAGAUCUUCAUUAUUCAGGCAAGUUCAUAACUUAUAUUGUCCAACCUCUGUUGGACUCUAACUGAAAUGAAACACUGCAUGAUUUCUGUCCAGUGUCCAUCAAGUGCCAAUAUUGUCAUGAAUUUUAACAAUUGCAUGAUGUUUGACGUUGAAUACAUGUUAACUUUGUUUGUUUAGGUCAAACCUACUACCACUAGGAUCUGGAUUCUGCUUAACCUGAUCAUUUGUAGUUGUUUUAUAUAUGGUACAGUGAAGCCCCCUGAGAUUUCACUUCUUCUGAGUUAUUGCAAAAUUGUAGGUAUUUUUGUAAAGCCUUUACAGCAAAGCUCUUUUAUACUUUGAAUGAUUUAGAUGCACAGAAUUGCCGGGCAGUAGCUGUAAUGUAUGUUUUAAAAUAAACAGUAACGGUACUUUUGUCGAAAAUCAUGUCGCUUUCAUCGCUGAUCAGUCUCUGGUCUGAUUCAAGCUUCAUGACAAGGCGUUGUGCCUGCACAAGGAAAACAUAAUUAA